AUGCUGCUGAAUCUUGGCCUCACAGCGGAUGUCGCAGCUGCCCAUACAAACGAUCCUCAACUUGAUUCUCCACCAGCCAACUGUCCUUUCACGAGCGCCUUCUCCCUGCCUGCGCUACCAUUCUUGGGUACUCUCUAUACUAUCCAAAAGCGGGCCGAUGGGCUUGCGCUUCCCGCAGGACCAAUAUCCGAGGCCAUGAGCCCCGACGCGUCCGCGAGCAAAGGGGAGUCCUCCAAAGAUGCUGUUCCUCCGACUACCAGACCCCGAGAGAUCAGCUCAAAUUAUACCGUUCGGAAAUCAUCGCGGUCGAAAACCAUUUACCAGUUCGCCCAUCCCGCAUCGCAUGCCCGCCAUAAGCGAUUGAAGCUUCGCCCCAAGCUGCUCUUGCAGCUGCAGCAAGUGUCGCAAACGCCUCGACCUCUACCCAUACUGGACAUCCUACCUUCCACCUUAUAUCUGCCACGAUUAGCUCGAAAGUUCCCUGCCAUGUUCCGAGGCAGGAACGGACUCGGGCCCAACGACUUGAUCAUCGUGAAGAGCGAAUUGUACGACCGCAAGGUGGGAAGCAUUCCCGAGAAACAGACGAGCUCUGAGGAGGAGGAUGACGAUCAUCGAGAAGUGCUAGCGACAAUCUGCCAGAUGCUUCAAGAAGAAGCUCGUUCGAAGGGAAAGGCAGAGGUUAGUUUGAAUUUUGGACCAACGUGGGAGGCGACGCCUCUUCCUAGCGGUUCAUACGAGUUCGUUGCGCGCACGGACAAUGGAGUCCAGGUCAUGCGCUGGGCAUUGCGAGGAGGGAAGAAUCGUAGGGUGUCCGCUCCUUCAGGAGCUCAGGUGCGCGACGAUACCAAGCGAUUUACGUUCAGUGUCAUUGACCCGGCCACCCGUCGACACCCCGUCAUCGCUUCCAUGACAAAAAAUCAACUAGAGGUCUUUGACGAGUAUGCCGCGGUCGUUCGAUCCAAUACUGGCACCGGCACUGGCGCUACGACUCCGAGCUCCGCGAGGUCCGUGAUCAGCGACAUGUCCGACGAGGAACCCAACGACGCAAACCAAAUCAUUCUCGAAGACAGCUUGCGCACAUUGAUUAUCAUGACGGGCAUCUGGGUCGCUUUUCGCGAGGGUUGGUCACAGAAUUUCAGUUAUAGCGAUCCGCUUUUCUCGCCUACCGCCGCCAAAUCGCUUGUCUCCCCGACGUCCUCACGAUACGGCUCACCGGCGCCGACCGACAACGAUGCGGCGAUUGAUCGUGAUGACUUGAGUCCGAUGAAAGAGUCCUUGAAUGGCGGCAAGCGCUGCAUGUCUAUUCCAAGCGUUCGGCGUUCCAACUCCGUAGCACCCACUGACGGUGGUGGCUUUGGCAGUCUUUCGAAACGAUCAAAUUCGACCGGUGCCACCUUCAUGGACCGAGCCAAGCGGCGGAGCGCAUCCGGCGUGAGCAUCCGUGUCAAUCGACACAGUAUGUUCACCGGCACCGGCGAACCUGGUCACGAAUUUGUCGUUUCUCGACCUUCUUCUCGGCCUCCUUCUCGGCCGCCUUCUUUACGACAGAACUCCCUUGAACCAGAGGGCCUUCUCCCUUCUGAGAACACCAAACGCAAAUCCAAAUCCCAACCCCUGACUGAGAACGGCAAGCUUUCUUUAAACCCAGAUCGGGCCACUCCCAUUCCUCAAGUCAACCAUCAGGCUUACCAUGCAUCACCUCAACCUGACACUAAAGACCCCGAAGCUCAUGUAAAGGGCAAACGACGACACCGACUCAGCAACAUUUUCACGAUCUUCCACCGAAAGCACGGCGCUCACUGA